CAUCAACCUGCACAAAACAUCAACAAGAAGUUGGGAGGAUGAAGCGAUCAGGAGCCGUGAGUCACUCCCUCAGGCUCCUGUUGUUGUGAAACGAAAUCCUUCAGUGUUUAGAGAAGACAAGGGAGUCACCGGUCAGAGCGGCUGUGUGCUUUGGCAGCACAUCCGGCAGCAUGUGUUUCUGCUGAGGGCUUUUAAAGGGGCUGUAGUGGCUAAAACGAUCCCUCUGCGCUCCCUCCCAACCCCUCUUUGGCCUGCGCCGCACAGGAGCACCUGCACGCCUGCGCUGAGCUCUCCCAUCCCCCCUCCCUGCCCAGAUUCCUCUCCAUCCAUCUGUCCCCGAGCUCCCACGUCCAUUACAGGGCAGCACGGCUACAGCAUUUGCAUGUGGAUCGAAGCGGAUGUACAGAGGGAAAGGCAGCGGGAGAGCGAGGCAGAGGGAGGCGGAGGAAAACCUCUGAGGCUGGACAAGAGUGAGGUGGCAACUUUAGGCCUACCCUCAACCACCAGCCAUGGUGGCUCUGACAGCAACAUCAGCACAGACGGAUUGGUAGCGGCUGCGGCUGGGGCAGCAGGGGGUGCAGAGGGUCCAAGUGCCGGUGAGCCCCAGCGAACGCGUGCAGCUCUGGAGCACCUGCAGCAGAAGAUCUUGAAGGUCACCGAGCAGAUCCGCGUGGAGCAGGAAGCCAGGGACGAUAACGUGGCCGAGUACCUGAAGCUGGCUCACAACGCAGACAAACAGCAGGCGUCCAGGAUCAAGCAGGUGUUCGAGAAGAAGAACCAGAAGUCGGCACAGACCAUCGCACAUCUGCACAAGAAACUAGAACACUAUCACAAGAAGCUAAAGGAGAUAGAGCAGAAUGGACCGGCCCGGCAGCCUAAGGAUGUCCUGCGGGACAUGCAACAGGGGUUAAAAGACGUGGGGGCCAACGUUCGCGCGGGGAUAAGUGGGUUUGGAGGUGGAGUGGUUGAGGGGGUCAAAGGUGGCGUCUCAGCCCUCACUCACACAGCUGUGGUCUCCAAGCCGAGGGAGUUCGCCAGCCUGAUCAGAAACAAGUUUGGCAGCGCUGAUAACAUUGCUCACCUGAAGGACACGCUCGAGGACGGGGUCGGGGGCCACUCUGAGGACGCCCCAACACCCCGAGCACUAAGUGGGAGUGCCACUUUGGUGUCCAGCCCAAAGUACGGCAGUGACGACGAGUGCUCCAGUGCAACAUCAGGCUCUGGAGCAUGCAGUAACUCUGGUGGGGCCGGAGCUGGAGGUGGAGGGGCAAUGUUAGGGCCAAUGAUGGGGAGUCCCCGACUGGACGGGCACCACCAUCACCACCAUCACAUGCACAGCUCAUGGGAUUCCUUGCUGGAGGGGCUGCAGGAGAUCAAGGCCAGCCAGGCACACAUGGAGGACUCCAUCGAGGACAUGAAGGGCCAGCUGCAGAGCGACUACUCCUACAUGUCGCAGUGUCUGCAGGAAGAGAGAUACAGGUAUGAAAGACUUGAGGAGCAGCUGAAUGACCUCACUGAGCUGCACCAGAAUGAGAUGACCAACCUUAAACAGGAGCUCGCCAGCAUGGAGGAAAAGGUCGCCUACCAGUCCUAUGAGAGAGCCAGAGACAUUCAGGAAGCCGUGGAGUCGUGCUUGACCCGUAUCACCAAGCUGGAGCUGCAGCAGCAGCAGCAGCAGGUGGUUCAGCUGGAGGGAGUGGAGAAUGCCAACGCUCGAGCCCUCCUGGGGAAGCUCAUCAACGUCAUCCUGGCGCUCAUGGCCGUGCUCCUGGUCUUUGUCUCCACGUUGGCCAACUUCAUCACCCCACUGAUGAAGACCAGAGCGCGCGUGGCCACCACCGUGCUGCUGACGUUGCUGCUGUUCGUCCUGUGGAAGCAGUGGGAUUUUGUGGAGUUGUGGUUGUUGCCCAGCUAAGCAUAGACUUGAAGAAAGGACCAGAACAAGGAGACACAAAAAAGGGUUCAUCUAAAAGAACCGGAGAGAAACCCGUCUUGGUACCUUUGAGGUCCCCAGUUAAAUAAGGACAUCACCUCAUUUCAUCCAAAUCUUCAGGUGUGGAUGACGAAUCAUUAAUCUCAUUGCGAUCACCAAAAAAAAAAAAAAAAAAAGACUUUCCUCCAAGAAAUCUGUUUUUCUAACUAUUCAAGAUACACAAAGGCUCAACUUGCACUGACUGUAAACCUUCAUGUUGAAGCUGCAGCAUAUUUGAGAGCAAGAGUUUUUUUUUUCCAUGAAUGUUACGUGCUCUCAUGCAUGUUCUCAUAUGUGCACUCAGAUGCAUCCAGCUGGCAUGAGUUAGCAUCUCAUUAAUGACAAAUAAAUGUGUUUUCUGCCAUUUCUGUUGUCAGAAACUAAAGUGCAGAUGUGUCGUUUCACUUCUCACAGUCAUUCUUGUGUUUCUUCACAUCCUGUUCUGGUGUUAGAGCUGUGCUUUUAGACUUUUUUUUGGAGGCAGGAGGACUUUUAGCUGAACUGUAAGAAUCUGCUACAACUCUCAACACUGAAUAAAACAAUUGAUUCUGUACACAAAUACUAACAGUGUAGACCUACAGCUAUCCACCAUGUCAAAUUACUCAGCAUGUCAAAGUUUAUAUCCAGUUUGCAAAAACAAAUAUUGAUGUUUUAUUAAACAAUGUAAGAAAUAAAUGAUUUCAUAUAUGA